AUGGGGGUACCCGCAUUCUUCAGAUGGCUUUGUGCCAGAAAUCCAAAGGCUCUAUUGGAAGUCUUGGAAAACUCAGAUGAAUCCUGCUUGUCAAACAACCCAGAUAUUGAUAAUCUCUACCUUGAUAUGAAUGGAAUCAUCCAUCCCUGCUCUCAUCCUGACUAAGGAGGCAUUCCAAUUCCAGUCACAUAUGAUGACAUGUUUGUGAAUGUAUUUCACUACAUAGAUCGUUUAGUUGAUAUUAUGGUGUUGCCCCAAGAGCCAAAUUAAAUUAGCAAAGAAGUCGUAGAUUUAGAGCAGCCUAAGAAUCCAUUCGAAUUCAGAAAGAAAAGGAACGUUUACGAGAUUACUGGCGAACUUAAGGCUUAAAUUCGGACGCUUUAAAAUACAUAUAUUGAGAAAAACUUUGAUAGUAACUAAAUUACUCCAGGAACUGAAUUUAUGCAAAAGUUGAAUAUUGCCUUGCAGUAUUACAUUUAUGAUAGAAUGAACAAUAAUCCUCUAUUUAGAAAUGUUCUCAUAAUUUUCAAUGAUUCAAGUAUCCCAGGAGAGGGAGAACGACAAAAUCCUUUAAUUUGUUAGAGAUCAAAGAAAACAAAUGAAUUAUAAAACAGUUAGACAUUGUUUGUAUGGAGCAGAUGCUGA